AUGGAGGCCGAACAAAGCAAUCAGAACUUCCAGCUGGAGAACUUGUUCAGUGUCAAAAACAAAGUGGCUCUUAUCACUGGCGGCGGCUCAGGGAUUGGGCUUAUGGCUGCACAGGCACUCGCCGUGAACGGUGCCAAAGUAUACAUUACGGGUCGCACAGAGGAAAAGCUUGAAAGAGUCGCGGAGCUAUACAACAAGAACAUUCGCGGACAAAUCAUUCCUAUUACUUCUGACGUCACCGAUAAAGCUUCAAUCGACAAAAUUGUUCAGGAACUCAGCUCGCGUGAGAAGUAUCUUUCUAUCCUGAUCAACAAUGCCGGAAUUUCGAGUAGUAGUGUCACAACCGAGCACGAAGACCCCGACAAGUUACGUCAAUCGCUUUUUGAAGAUGCAGCAGGAGGUACAGAGGAAUGGGAUCGUGUCUUCCGCACGAACGUCUCGCAACUAUAUUUCAUGACCACUGCCUUGCUUCCGCUACUGCAAAAGGGCUCCGAGCAGGAACACGGCUGGUCCAGCACCGUACUUAACAUCACAUCCAUCUCAGGAAUCGUCAAAGUCUCGCAGCAUCAUUUUGCGUAUAAUGCGUCUAAAGCAGCCGCAAUUCACUUGACCAAGAUGCUAGCGCAUGAAGUGAUGACGUCGGGCCUCCGGAUCCGUGUGAACAAUAUCGCGCCUGGGGUUUUCCCAAGUGAAAUGACUGCCAAAGAGAGCGAUGAGAAGCAAAAGAGUGCAAUUCCGAAGGAGAAAUAUGAGGAAAAGGUUCCGGCAAAAAGACCUGGGAAGGAGGAAGACAUGGGGAGUGCAGUCCUUUUCGCGACGACAAAUCAGUACUUGAACGGCGAGACUUUGGUUGUGGAUGGUGGAUAUGUGCUUGCAGCCGGCUCGCUGUAA